AUGCAGAUUUUUAUGAAGAUCCGGACAGGGAAGACCACCACUCUCGAGGUCGAACCCUCAGAUACAAUAGAAAAUGUAAAGGCCAAGAUCCAAGAUAAGGAAGUAAUUCCUUCUGACCAGCGAAGACUAACCUUUGCUGGCAAGCAACUGGAAGAUGGACGUACUUUGUUUGACUACAACAUUCAAAAGGAGUCUACUUUUCAUCUUCUGUUGAGACUUCGUGCUGGUACUAAGAAAAGGAAGAAGUCUUACACCACUCCCAAGAAGAACAAGCAUAAGAGAAAGAGGGUUAAGCUGGCUGUCCUGAAAUACUGUAAGGCGGAUCAGAAUGGCAAAAGCAGUCACCUUCAUCGGGAGUGCCCUUCAGAUAAAUGUGGUGUGGAGUUUUUAUGGCCAGCCACUUUGACAAACACUAUUGUGACAAAUGUUGUCUGA